AUGGAGCUAGGAGAGUCUCAGGGAAUCCUGAUUCUCUUCACAGGAGAGUCUCAGGGAAUCUCUGUGUGGGAGAGUCAUUACCAGCUCUGGCUGGGUCGCCACAACCUGUUCAAAAGGUAAGACACAGGCCAGCUUGUCCGGGUCCGUAACAGCUCCCUACUUGCACUCUGCAACUUGAGCCAUGUGAACCACAUCCUCAGUCUAGGGGAUGGUCGAAGUCACGACCUCAUGCUGCUCCGCCUGGCAGAGCCCGCCCAGAUAACAGAAGCUGUGAGGGUCCUGGACCUGCCCACCCAGGAACCCUAAGUGGGGGGCACCUGCUACGCCUAUGGCUGGGGCAGCAUCAAACCAGGUAAGUUUAUACACUCAAGGAAUCUCCAGUGUGUGGACCUCAAACUCCUAUCCAAUGAUGUAUGUGACAAACUUUACCUUCAGAAGGUGACAGAUUUCAUGCUGUGUGUUGGGUUCUGGAAGGUAAAAAAGAACACCUGCCUGGGUGAUUCAGGGGGUCCCCUGGUAUGUAAUGGCAUGUUUCAAGGUAUCACAUCAUGGGGCAGUAAGCCAUGUGCCAGAUGUAAAAAGCCCACCUUGUACAGCAAGCUGAUGCCUCAUCUGAAGUAUAUCAAGGAUGCUACGAGGGCCAACACCCGAAUGUUCUUUUCCAACCCUCUGCCCCUAAUAAAAUUGAGUAUACAUCAAUUUCUGGCAUCGUCUGGUCUUUUCUGGACACAGGGCACCUGGAAGUUCAGGAUCCACCUGGCAGAAGCUAGAACUUUCCCAGUCCCCCUGACUUGUGUCCUGAGGUGUGAAGUCAAGGACUAG